AUGAUAGCAACUUCAAACCUGGCAGCCACCAACAUGGACAGGGCACAAGAGAGGGACCGCUCCGACAGGCUGCGGAACCGACUAUCGGGCGCAGGAGGCAUCGUGCCUACCAGGCCUGCACAACCCUCACGUCGGCGGAGCGGUAGCCUCGAUGAAACUGCCUCUCAGGUAUCGCUGUCCUCCAACGCUCCCACCAUCGGCUCUGGGUCUCAUCUGAGCUCGUCCCGCGUUGCCAGGACCGGCCGGAGCCGCAGGCCGACAGUGACAUUCCCUACCACCAGCAGCAGCCACCACUCAACCGGCUCGGGCAGCGACAACACUACCGACUCUUUGAGGCAGAGGACCGAACGACACUCUCUCAAGUCGGCCAUGAAGACACCCCAGCGCCCCUUGACGCCUCCUCUGCCGGCAGACUCGACAACCGGGCCUUCCUUCGGCUCGUUGUCGGACUCACAAGAGUCGUCUCGGCGCUCCAUCCGCCGACGCAGGCUGUCCUUCAAGGAGCCGUCGACCACGACCCAAGAUAAGCGCCGCUCCAUGCCGGGCGGCUGGGCCGAGAGGUUCCUCCCGCAGGUGACCAACGCCAACGCCCUCAUGCGUCGGGAGCCGUUUGCCCGCCGCGACUCGUUCGAGUCCGACACGGAAGACUACACCGACUCCGAGCUGUCCGACGACACGCACGCUACCACCGUCAUGUCCGACGCGACCGUCGGGAGUCCCAAGGUGCAGAAGAGGCCCGUGACGACCACGGCGCCCGUCGUCCAGAUCACCAACACCCGCCAGGCACCCCCGACUUCGGCACACUCGGUCAGCGCCGCCUCGGCCCCCACCAAGCCCCCCGGCCGCACGCUGACCAUCGAGGUGCACCCGGCGCGGGAGUCCGAGGAGGAGGUCCGCAAGCGCGAGGAGGAGAAGCGCCGCCGGGAGCGGAUCGAGGCGGACCUCCGCAGCAAGAUUGCCGGCCUGGAGAAGCGGAUGCAGGCCGAGGCCGAGGACAACGCGCGGCAGCAGCAGCAGGUGCAGCGCCAGAUUGCGAGCGUGGCCGCCAAGCAGAAGGAGCGGCAAGCCCCCGUCUCGGCACCCGCGACCCCGGCGCCACCGGCCCCUUCCAGACAGGCUCCCGUGCCGCCCAUGAGCCGUCUGUCGCCGGGUCGCACCGAGUCCACUCCUGCCUCCCCCCAGCUCAACGCCCAGGCUAGGCCGUUCCAGCCGUCCCCCAGGCCUCUGUCGAUGACGGCCAUGGCCCCCGUCGUGCCGCAGAUGAACCACCUCCCGCCGAUGCCUACCCUGGAGAUCAUCCCACCGUUCCUGCAACAGGCAAUUCCAAGCAUGACAAUCCCGCCGUCCAUGCCGCCGCCGCCGCCUCACCCCAUGCCCAUGGUCAAGCAGCACAACCCCGCCGACCUCACCCUCCAACAACAACUAGACGCCCAAGCCGCGCAACUCGCCUCCCUCCGCGCGACCCUCGCGGCCGUCGAGGCGGAGCGCGACGAGAACAAGUCCGGCAUGGCGACCUUGUCGGAGCAGUGCAAGACGCUCGAGGCCGAGGUGCGCACCGUGCGGGCGGCGCGCUCGCAGUCCGAGGAGGUCACCAUCGCCAAGCUGGCUGCCUGUGAGCUUGUCCGCGAUGUGCUCCGCAUCAAGGUCGAGGGCUUCGAGAGCGAGGUCAAGACCAAGGCAAUGGUCAUCGAGGACCUCUCGACCGAGCGGGACAGGUUGGCCGUCGCGCUCGAGGCGUCGGCCGCCGAGGUUGCCGUCCUGACCGAGAGGUCGAGGAUGCUGGAGGAGGAUCGAGAGAGGGCCCACGGGGACAUGCUUGCGCUCAAGGAGGAGCUGGUCAAUGUGCGCGCUGCCGCUGAGGCUUUGGAGAGGGAGAAGGCCGAGCUUGAGGGCAAGGUUGUGGGGCUGCAGGGCGACUUGGGCACUGCGCAGUCAAAGAUCGCUGAGCUGGAGCUUGUGGUCAAGGAGAAGGAGCUCGUUGUCAAGGACAAGGAGGGUGUGAUCAAGGAGAAGGAGGACUGCAUCGAGCAGCUGAAGAAGGAUGGCGAUGAGGUGAAGGCGAGCAACGACGAGCUUAAAAAGGAAGUCGAGGAGCUGGCUUCAGCUGGUGCCAUCAAGGACAAGGAGUUGAUCGAGAUUACUACCAAGCUGGCCGACGCAGAGGCAACACUGGCCACGUCGCAAUCAAGCCUUGCGACGCUCGAGACCACUCUGGCGACCACAGCAGAAGAAAAGGCAAAGGAGAUCUCCGGCCUGCAGGAGAAACUGGCAGCAGCCGAGACGGCCGUUGCAGCAGCCAUCACAACAGCCGAGGCAAACAUGGCAGCAGCCACAGCAGAAAAAGAAACCGAGAUUGCCAGCCUGAACGACAAGCUCGCUGCCGCCAAAGCAGAGAAAGAAGCCGAGCUCGCCAGCCUCAAUGAGAAGCUCGCCGCCGCCGAAGCAGAGACAACUAAAGCACAGGCCGAGAUCAAGGACCUGCAGGGCAAGACGCCAGAGGACUACGCCGCAUCCAUCGCCGCCGCCGCCAAGGAAAAAGACGAGCUGGCAUCCAAGAUCGCCGCGCUGCAGGCCGAGGUGGAGAGCCGCACGGCCGAGGCCAACGACAUGGUGACGACCUUUGCGACGGAGAAGGCGGCGCUUGAGGCGGACAAGGCGGCCGUCGAGUCGGAGCGGAGCGAGAUUGAAGAGGCGCGCGCGGCCGCCGCCGCCGAGGCGGCUCGGCUGUCUUUGCACGUCGCCCAGCUCAAGGCCAAGGUAGAGGCGUCAAAGAACAAGAAGACGGUCCCGACCACGGCGGCGGCGUCGGCUGCUGCUGCCGUCAAGAGCACAAAGACGGUCAAGACCAAGGCGGACUUUUUCUUUGUCAGGAACUCGCAGGACAGGGGUAGGAUGCAGGUCGUCAAGAAGAGCGAGCUCAAGAGCUCGAGGAGCUCGAGCCGGACUCCUAGUGCCAAGGACGAGUGA